GACGUGCAGGCGCUGGCCGCGGCGCAGGCGAGGGCCCUCCGUCGGCAGCUCGCUCUUGGGCAGUGAUGGCGGCCGCCUGCGUGCCGGGCAUCUUCUUCCUCACGCGGUACAGCGUGGGCGGCGUCGCGGUGUACCACGAGAGGCUGCUCCUGUUCGCCACGGGGUACGUGCUGACGCCGGACGUGGACGACUACGGCGAGAGCGUGACGCCGGACGCGGACAUCCGCAGCGUCCACCAGAUCGCCCGGCAGGGCGGGCGCGUGGGCGGGAUCGUGGAGGCCCAGACGCACCGCUUCCGCCAGCUGCCGACGCAGGCGGAGCUGUGGGCGGCACUGCGGCGCGGAGCCGCCGCAGGCUUCGGAGGGCUUCCGUCGUCUCCGUUCGAGCUCGACCUCUCGGCCGCCAACUGUGGGGGGCAGCUGGCAGGGCCGAUGCAGGUCGCCGACCCGCUCGCGGCCCUAGCCCCCGCGCCCCCGGCGGGCGGUGCUCUGGUCGGCAGCUGUGCCGCCAGGAAGCUCACGUCCACGGACUACGGGGUGGACAUGCACGAGACCCUCUCACGCAUGGUAGAGGCCAUGGGAGGGUCGGACCAUCUCGACGUCGUCUACUUGGCGAGCGCGGAGAUUGGCUACCGCAAGCUCCAGCUGAUCGAGCACUACUGGGACGACAGGAGCGCCGAGCAGCAGCACAACAACAGCAAUAUCCCCUUGGAGGAGAGCCAGGCCUUCAUGGGCGGGGCUCGGGCGCCCCCGAUGGUGCGCCCGGAGCUGCUCGAGACGGUCUCGAAGGAGUUGGAGCGCAUCUCGAGCAUCGAGAAGAACGCAAGGGAGCUCAGGGAGGAGCAGGCCGCCGCCGCCAAGGCAAAGGGCGAGCUCCUCACCGAGCUCGUGGUGGCGCUCAACCAGCUGGAUGCCGGCUCUGACCUCGUUCGCAGACAGUGCGAGGGCGAGCCCAGCAGGAUGCAGCAGCUAUGCUUGGAGCGACUCGCCGAGAGCUGCGCGGCGAUGGGCGCUCCGCCUUCUGACUUGUCGACCGAGGUGGCCCUGCGGGAGCUCCAGGUCGGCGCCGCCUACGGGGACUGCGACCCCGUCACGGCGGCCCCCUUCGUGUACGACCUCGUCUCCUUGCCGGCUGUAGGUGGCGCCCGGGUGCCGCUGGACCUUCUGCUCGGGAGG